AUAUUAAUUUGUAUGCUAUCUGAUAUUAAUUCCAUUAGAUCUGUUUGAUUUUCCUUGAUCAUUUGGAAUGCUGAUGCAUAGAAAUUGUAAACCUUCGGCAUUUGUCUACAAGAAAUCCUUGUUCCCAGGGAUGGCAGGCCAUGUGCACGCAGGAACUGGCGUCAUUAGAUCAAAGUUCAACCUGGGUUCAAACAUGCAAAAGAAGCUUUACUGCUAUCAUCAUGUCGACGGCAGAAUCAUAUACAGUUCCUCGCAAUUUUCGACUACUGGAAGAAUUGGAAGAUGGCCAGAAAGGUGGUGGAGAUGGGUUGAUAAGUUGGGGCUUAGCUAAUGAUGACGACUUGGAAUUAAAAGUAUGGAAUGGUAUGAUCAUUGGCCCCCCAAGGACACCAUAUGAAGGAAGAAUUUACAGCUUGCAAAUGGUAUGCGGCCCCAAAUAUCCAGAUGCACCGCCAACUGUACGUUUUUUAACGAGAAUAAACAUAAGUGGAGUAGCUGCAAAUGGAUCACUUGAUCCAAGGUCAUUCCAUGCAUUGGCUAAAUGGCAGAGGAGUUAUACUAUGAAGAGCCUUUUAAGUGAGUUUAGAAGAACGAUGGGAUUAAAAGAAAAUAUGAAGCUACCUCAACCACCAGAAGGAUCAGUGUACAGUGAAAAUAGCUAAUAAGUACCUUUUGCUUCAACCUGAGAAAAAUAAACAAAGACAAAAAAUACACAUCAAAUUAGCAUUUUUAAUCACAAAAUAUAAAAAUGUGCGAUUAUUUGGGUCUUUGUUUAAUAAAUGUUCGGUCCGUGGAUAAUAGCACUUGGAGGUAACUUAGCCUCAAUAUGUUAAGCGAAGAGGUAGGAAACUAAUGUUGAUGUAAACUAGUUAAAUGUUUGUCCAUUUGAUAAGGACUUAUUCUAAUGAUUCCAUGAGAUGCGCCUGAAAUAAAUAACCUAGCUAAAUAUUUCCGGUACUGGAAUUGGUAUCAGAUGCACUAGCUUCUUAUUAUUAUUCUCAAAACCAGGAUAAAGUUGCAAGGUAUUCUGUAGAAAUAUAUAACUUCGAGUUUAUGCAACAAUUAUCUGGAAUUUGCCCAUAUAUUAGCUUGGUAAUGCCAUAUAUCGCCCAUAUGUGGGCAAAUUGAAAGUGUUCAUUAAUUCAAUUUAGUAAUGUGUACACAGCAUGUAACCAAGGAGCAAAUAAAAUUGUUGGUAUACACUGAGAAAAACAUCAUCAAAAUAAUAUGUAUGUAGAGGUUGUACAAGUUACGCAUGACAGCACAAACAGUGAACAAAGUAUGCUAUAGCAUGUGUUAAAACAAUAUAAAAAAUUGUAGUGUGUAGUUUUUAAAUUUGGUUUUUUUUCCCCAGAUAUCAAAAAUUGUUGAUUUCCAACCUCGCAACUUUACUGAUUUUCUCACCUUGCAACUUUGUUGGUUUGUGGGAACCUUUCACAUAUAUAUCGUAAAUAUUCAUCAUAUUCAACAAACAAACAUGAAUGUCAUUCAACAAAUUAAGCGUUGAUUUGUGUCCCAACAACUACAAUAUUUUCUGAUUGUGCAUUGUUACCGUAUUGCAAUAGCAUCAGUUUCGUAAGGAUGGAUGGAUAGCUAGAUCUAUCGUUAAGUUUCCUUUGCAAUUAUAGUGUCCUUUCUUAAACAGAAUGCUGUGGCUAUAUUUGGGAGCAAUAAGAACUUGAUUAAAGAGAAAAGAUAGGUAAAACCAAAAUUGCUUGUUAGCAAAGAGUGAGGGAGAAAAUUUCCAUUCGGCAUUUAUAGAAUGCAACCAUGUAGUGCUGUAGAAAUGGAAUAGAAACGAUAUAUACAGGAUGUGUGAGUGCAUAGUUACUGACAAUUUAAUUCCAAACAGUUUUUUUCUGGUUUGUAUUUCAUGUAAAACAAUAACAUUAUGAAUGCUUGCACAAGUUAGCGUCAGUCAUUAUAGGUUUUAGGUAAAUGCAUUGUUUUUAAAUCUAAAUUAUUAAUAAAUUUGGCAUAUGAUUUUAUUUGAUGGGUGCCUCUAGUUGUUCGUAGGAACUGUGUAUCCGUAUUAUUUUGUUUAUACAAAAUUAACAGAUUUGAAUCUUUCACCAUCUAUAUUCUUGGAUGUUAAUCUGAUUUAAUGUUGUUAUACAAUGAACAUUCAUUUUAAAUAUACUUGCUAACCUGUUAUGUAUCUUUUUUGUCUAAUGUACAGGAGAUAUUUGUAAAACUCCAAAUGUUUGGUAGUUAGUAAUAAUGCAGAAUACAGGAUUCUGUAUUUUCUAGGCUUUGCUGUGGAAGUCAAUAAUGUUAUGUUUCUGGUUAAUAAUAACAGUGAGCAUAUUAAGAGUAUUUAACAUUGUCAUUCUAAAUAUUGUAAUUAUUUCUUUUGAUUGGAAACAAAAAAUAAAACAUUAAUCACAUUUUGGUGAAUAUAAUUUUCCAUUUAUCCAAUAAUAAUAAUUGUUGAUCAUAAUAAUCAAGAAUAGCAUUGGGCUCACAAUGUAAAAGACUAUGAAUUAUAUUUUAGUUCCAUUGCUCACUUUAAUCUGUAAUUUCUCUUAUUCACAAUUAAAAUGAUUUAGCAUUGGAAUUUGUAAAGCCUUUUAGGAUCUAUGUUGUCCAGUGCAUUGGUAAAUAAAGCAAAUUUAACUGUUUGGUUGUAUACACAUGUAGUUAGCCUCUAUCAUAUCUAUUUUCAUCGGAUUUAUUAUGUGUAACAUGUUUCAAAUUAUAAGGAAGGGAAAAUAUAUGUGGCAAAGACAAGCCAAACAAAUCCUUUAUAUAUCAUGCUGUGCUAUUAUUUUCCCCAUGUUUAAUGUUAAAACUACAUCUUUUAAAGAUUUGCUGAUGGUUUCUGCCUGGAAAAGCCCAAAAUCAUAAAACUUUGGAGACUGAUUUCUCAAAUAUUGUUCUUACAUAGCUGUAUGUUUAAACUUCUGUAAUUUCAUAACAAAAUGUUGAACUUAAAUGAUUCUUUUACCAUUUUAUAGCUCUCAUUUUACUCUUUAACCCUGUAUUAAUAACUAAAAAUCUAUUUUUGUGACUGGUUUGGCUGGUCUUUGUCACAUAUAAAGUUAACCAUGAAGAUAGCUUUAAAUAAUUGGAAAAGACAAAAUGAGUUAUGUUAUGUUGAAAGUUUGCUGUUGUGCCUCAGAUAUAUUUGUAUUUAUUCAAUUUUUAGGCAGUUGUGUGUUUGCAUAUUCACUGUUGGCCCACAUAAUGCAGAAGAAUGGGAGUUAAUACAUUUAUUUGAUCUUUGUUCUGUAGUAGAACCUUUAGAACUUGCUGUCAAGAAAAAAAAUCUAAAAAUCUGACCACACUGAUUUGCCUAUAUAUUGGCAUGAUGAUGUCACAUGACACAUAUGGGCAAGUCACAUGACACAUAUGGGCAAGUCACAUGACACAUAUGGGCAAGUCACAUGUAUUUGUCCCAUAAAACAUGAUAGUGUGAACAGAGCUUAAAACUCUGUCCACAUUCAAAUUUUAUGCGACAAAUUUCUGUGAUGUGGCCAUAUAUAUAGGCAUGAAGAAGUCAUAUUUCACCCAAAUAUUGGCUUGUUUGUGCCGAUCUGCUACAUAUUCCUAAGUUUUUAAAAAAAUGUAAGUUCAUUUUUUUUGUCUGCAUAAGUUUCUAAAUAAAACAGACUUAUAACUAACAGACCAGAAAUUGAUAA